ACUUGUAUAGAUAUCCGUGAAUCCCCUGCAGAAGAAGCCUGCAGACCUCCACUCUCCCCCCGGCCGCGGCAGCUCUCUCUCCCCGCAGACCUCCACUCUCCUCCCGGCCCCGGCUGCUCUCUCUCCCCGCAGACCUGCACUCUCCCCCCGGCCCCGGCAGCCCUCUCUCCCCGCUCCCUGCAUCCAUGCCGCCCGCCACAGACCUCGGCCGGCUCCUGUGCAUCAUCACCGGGGCGUCUCGGGGCUUCGGCCGGGCUCUGGCCACGGAGAUGUCGGCGCUGGUGCAGCCGGGCUCCGUGCUGGUGCUGGCGGCCCGCAGCGGAGACGAGCUGCGGGCCCUGCAGGCGGAGCUGGCCGGCUCCGAGGCCGGCAGAGCCGGGCUGCGGGUGGAGGCGGUGCCUGCGGACGUCGGCCAGACGGCCGGGCUGGAGAACAUCAUCGAGGCGGCCCAAGAGGCCUUUUCUGCAGAUAUCGAUCACGUCAUGCUGGUCAACAACGCUGCCUCCCUGGGCGACGUGUCGCGCUUCACCAAGAGCUUCACCGACAUGGCUGAGGUGGACUCGUACCUGUCUCUGAACGUCAGCUCGUCCCUGUGCCUCACGUCCAGAGCGCUGCAGGCUUUCCCGCAGCGUCCCGGUCUGCGGCGCACCGUCGUCAACAUCAGCUCUCUGUGUGCGCUGCAGCCGUUCCGCUCCUGGGUGCUGUACUGCACCGGCAAAGCGGCCCGGGACAUGACGUUCAGGGUGCUGGCCGAGGAGGAGCCGGACCUGCGGGUGCUCAACUACUCCCCAGGCCCGCUGGACACAGCCAUGCAGGUGGAGGCCCGGUCCCGGACGGCCGACCCGGCGCUCAGGGAGUCCUUCUCAGACAUGUUCUCUCAGGGUCAGCUGCUCAGCUGCCAGGCGUCCUGCGGGAAGCUGCUGAAGCUGCUGCUGGACGACAGCUACGCAUCGGGGGCCCACAUCGACGUCUUCGACGUGUGAAGCCCGGCCGUGUUCCUUCCCUGAUCCUAAUUGAAGUAUACAGUUAAUUGAUGGAUUUUAAUGGAGACGCUCGCAGAGUAGAAAAAAACGCACCAGUCGUCUUUCAGGAAGUCGUCUUCAGCGUCUCUACGCUGCGUUGGAUCUAACCCUGGAUUCACACUGAAAGCGUCACGGGCGUCAUAGGCCGCUGCGGUACUUGCCUUCGCGUGACACCCAUCCUCCCGGGUCACAACCAUCCUCCCGGGUCAGGCUGUUUUUCCAUCUGCUCUGUUUUUCUGAAUUAACAAGUUAAUUAUCUCAGAAUUCCGAGAAAAGUUUUAAUGAAAAAAAAAAUUGCUCUGUUUUUCUGAAUUAACAAGAUAAUUAUCUCAGAAUUCAGAGAAAAGUUUUAAUGAAAAAGAAUAAUUCUGCUCUGUUUUUCUGAAUUAACGGGAUAAUUAUCUCAGAAUUCCACCUCCCCAGGUCACGCCUGUUUGAAGCUCUUCUUCGUGUUGAUUGUGAUGUUUCUGCGGUCGUGCUCCAACAUUAGCUCAGCUUUAUUGUCUGAAACGUGGAUGUUGUACACUUGUAAAGUGCCUUAAUGACCUGUGAUGUCUGUUGAAGAGCUUACAGUUCUACUGGCUUUAAUGAGUAGUUAGGACAUAAUCAGUGCUGCUGUAUCAGUAUGACAGAAUGUACACUUGUGUUUUCCACACAUUCCUCAAUAUAAAUGUGGAUAUUUUUAUAAACAUGUCGGAUUAGAGAGCCAAUGACCUAAAAUCAUUUUUGUAAUCUUGAUAUCGUUUGUCUAUAUUACAGGAAUAAAUCAAAAUGAAAGCAC